GGCGAAGGAGUUUUUUUUUUUCCGUGGCAGAGCUGGUUGUUUCAAACCUCAGUCAAAGCGAAAGCGAAGUCGCUAUGCGGGGAGAUGUAAGAUGGCAGAGCUGCAAAUGUUGCUAGAGGAAGAAAUUCCAGCCGGCAAAAGAGCUCUUGUAGAGAGUUACCAGAAUCUCACACAAGUAGCAGACUACUGUGAAAACAAUUAUGUUCAGGCCCAGGACAAGAGGAAAGCUCUGGAGGAGACCAAAGCCUACACCACCCAGUCCCUGGCCAGCGUGGCGUACCAGAUCAAUGCCUUAGCCAACAACGUGCUGCAGCUGCUGGACAUCCAGGCAUCACAGAUGUGCCGAAUGGAGUCCUCAAUCAAUCACAUCUCUCAGACGGUGGACAUCCACAAAGAGAAGGUGGCCAGGCGAGAGAUCGGGAUCCUCACCACCAACAAGAACACAUCGAGGACCCACAAGAUCGUCGCCCCCGGCAACAUAGAGCGGCCCGUGAGGUACAUCAGGAAGCCCAUCGACUACAACGUGCUGGACGACGUUGGCCAUGGGGUCAAGUGGCUCAAAGCCAAGCAGCAUGGAAACAAUCAGCCAAUCAAAGGAGGAGGAGGAACACUAUCGAGGACCAAUCCGCCGACACAGAAACCUCCUAGCCCGCCGCCCAUGACAGGUACCAUGUCAGGGCGUGGAACUCUGGGACGCAGCACGCCCUGUAAAACUCUGGAGCCGGUGAAACCACCCACAGUGCCAAACGACUAUAUGACCAGCCCUGCUCGACUAGGCAGCCAGCAGAGCCCUGGACGUACUGCAUCUCUCAACCAGAGACAAAGAACCCACAGUGGUAGUAGUGGGGGUAGUGGCAGCAGGGAGAACAGCGGGAGCAGCAGUAUUGGCAUUCCCAUGGCCGUGCCUACGCCCUCCAUUCCCAACUCUGGACCAGCGGUGGCCCCCGGGCCUGGUCUUGGCCCCAUCCCCAUGUCCCAGUUCGGCACCAUCUCGCGGCAGAUCUCACGGCACAACUCUACCACCUCUUCGGUCUCCAUGGUUUCGGCCACGGGCACCUACCGUCGGGCGCCGUCCGUCACCUCCCAGUUCUCCCUGCAGCAGCAGCAGCAGAUACAGCAGCCGUACAUUAACGGGGGAACCUCAACCUACCCCCAGAACUCAACUGCCCCUCCUCCCCCCAUGCCCCAGCUGACUCCACAGAUACCUCUGACAGGCUUUGUGGCCAGGGUGCAGGAGAACAUUGCGGACACCCCUACUCCGCCUCCCCCUCCUCCGCCCGAUGACCUGCCCAUGUUUGAUGAAGCUCCUCCCCCUCCUCCGCCGCCACCAGUUGACUACGAGGAAGAGGAAGCGGCUGUAGUUCAGUACAGCGACUCGUAUGCUGAUGGAGACCCCCAGUGGGCGCCCAAGAGCUACAUGCAGAAAGUGGUGGCCAUCUACGACUACACUGCGGAUAAAAACGAUGAGCUGAGCUUCAUGGAGGGAGCCAUCAUCUACAUCAUUAAGAAGAACGAUGAUGGCUGGUUCGAGGGAAUCAGUAGCGGAGUCACGGGCCUAUUCCCCGGAAACUACGUAGAGUCCGUCAUGCACUAAGCUGACUGGAGGGACCCUACUGCACUCUAUUGUGCUUCUACUACAGACGUCUGACCUUACGAAGGAUAGGGAAGUGCUUUUGGAUAUGACAGAAUGUUUGGUCUCUUACUAAUUGCAAAUAAAUCUAAAUACAAAAUAUCUAUUUACUUUAUUUUGUUGGUGGUGUUGUGGGUUGAGGGGCAUAAAGUAUAUAACGAAUGAAUAGGACAAGGCUGAUGAUGUACUCACAAGUGCUGUGAUGUAGGGAUGUUUUCAAAGACCAGGCAGUGGAGGCAGCUGAGGGGAAAGACGGGGCUCAUAACAAUAGGUGGAACGGAGUAAAUGGAAUGGCGUCCAAAAACCUGGAAAACCACGUGUUUGAUCCCGUUCCACUGAUUCCGCUCCAGCCAUUACCACAAGCCCAUUCUACCCAAUUAAGGUGACACCCACCUCCUUUGAGACCAGGGUAACGUUAGCUGAAGGACAUCCUGCCUUUACGUGUUCUUCCUGUUUACAUAUGCACGACAUAACAUCUGACCCCAACUAUUCAUCUAUUGAACUACACAUUUCUUAUUUCUUAUGAAGUAUUAAUGUCUUUAUGAGUGUAUCACGAGAGGUAUGCUAUACGGAGACGAUGUCUGUCAGACGGCAUGUAAUGCAUAUGUAAACAUGAGGCGAUCUUGUGUAGACCUUCAGUGGAAGUGCUACUUUCUGUUAAUUGUGUAUAAUGUGAGCUGUAGCCUGUUGGGUGUCUGUAGUGUAAAAUCAGUGAAUGUCAAUCGCAGUAUCUCAAGCAGGCUACUUACCACACAAACACACAUGCAAAUGUCCUACAGAAUAUUCUGUUUGAUUUCCUUAAUUUUUUAUUUUAUUUAACUUUUUUGACAAUACAAAAACAAUAGACAACUCGACAUUUACAUACACACAUUUGAACAAACAUGAAUAACCUCCCCCUUUGCCCCUUGGUCAGACCCACCCCCUUGGUCAGACCCUCCCCCUUGGUCAGACCCUCCCCCUUGGUCAGACCCUCCCCCUUGGUCAGACCCUCCCCCUUGGUCAGACCCACCCCCUUGGUCAGACCCACCCCCUUGGUCAGACCCACCCCCUUGGUCAGACCCACCCCCUUGGUCAGACCCACCCCCUUGGUCAGACCCUCCCCCUUGGUCAGACCCACCCCCUUGGUCAGACCCUCCCCCUUGGUCAGACCCUCCCCCUUGGUCAGACCCACCCCCUCGCCCAUCCUGCCAGUCAUCCCCUGGACGUCUCCAAAACGUCAUGCCAUAUAGCUUCAAACUGCCCUUUUCUGCAUCUCUCUGUUGCCCAAAUUGUUCAAUAUUUAGAUAACGCAUUUGAUUAAUUGAUUUAAACACUUUAUUUUAUGAUUUGACAAUUUUAAAAAAACUACAAAAGUUGUCAGAAGCCUGAUCCAUUUUGGAUAUUCAAUUUUAAAUCUUUUUUGCUUUUUAUGAAUAAAACCUUUUUAUUUCAGUCAUUCCUGAAGUCGGAGCAUAAAGCAAAAUCUAAUACAAAUGUAUAGCCUGUUUAAUUAUGCUUCCAUUUUGUUGUAAUACUUUCAAUUUAGGCUUAUUAAAUUGUCUAGACACAAGGCAUUCUGGGACGACUUGGUUUUAUUUUCAAAAUGCUUUUAAUUUGUUUUUAAGAAUAUUCCAUUUACAUGAUAAAUUCUUUCAUCUGGUAACGCAGUGAAAAGCAACACCAUUACGUCGUGACUCCCCAGUUUGUAAAUGACACCUUUUCACUAUUUCGAGUUCCACGUCUAUUUUAAGAAAACGUUGUAGUACACGUCUAAUCUGAAAUCUGACAAAAUGAUUUAUCUGUAGGUAUUUUUUGGGGAUCAAAGUAUAUAAUGUGAACAGUAUUUAUGAUCCAUUGUUCUUCAUGCCAUUUUUGUGGGCUUAGUUUUCAAAACCGUUUAGUCAUGGUGUUAUUGAAAAAAAAAAAAAAUUGCCAUUUGACUAUUCUGUGAUAAUGGUGAUCAACAUGACAUCUCAUAGACCUCAGUCUUCACAUAGAAGAAAAAAACAACCUGGAUCACAUGGCUUUAGAACGGUCAUAGUUUUUAACCCAUAAUGGUUUGAGAACUCAGGUCUGGUUCUUCUUUCAUUGUUCCAAAUUGACCCCGACCAUUUUGUCCAUACUCAUCUAUGGCUGUAGGCUCCUCCCCCUCCAUCUCUGAGGAAUUACGUUUGACUAUCGAUCCAUCCAUGACAAUUCAGGUUGGUGUUUUCAUUGGUUUAAAAAAAAAAGUUAGUUCCUACAUGAUACGUCUUUCCUGUCCGUGGAAGUUCACUGCGUUUAAUAACCCCUUCAGUAUAUAGCAGCUAAUGCCUUGUUAUAGUCAGAUACAAGUGUUCCAACUCAAUGGGUAGCAAUAUCUAAGCUCCGCCCUUAAUGUGUAUAUAUGUUAAUUUGUUUUUGUAUGUACAGCCUUUUGUAAUAAACCAUUCUCCUACAUA